UAGGGCUGAACGAUAUUCUCUUUUCACAUCGACAUCGCGAUGUGCGCGUGAGCGAUAGUCACAUCGCCGGAACAUACGAUGUGAAGGGUAGAAGCCCAUGGUGUAUUAAGAGAACGGUAGCACAAAGUAAACACGAGUUUGUUGUAUAGCUUGUUGCUGGGGUGACACGCACGUUCCGCGUGCCGGCACAGUGAUUGGUUCGCUGUGCCGCUGCUCACCGCUCACAGCCAACAUUCACUGCUAAAAAUGCGCGACGCAGAGGAUCCGCCGCAAAAAAGUGAUUUCGUACCAAAAAGAAAGUCGAAAUCAUCUAUUUGGGACUAUUUCGGCUACAAAAAGGAGGAUGUUGACCAAAAUGAGGUACUUUGUAUGGAGUGUCAUAAAGUUGUGGCCACAAAACAUGGAAACACAACCAAUUUGUCUGAUCACUUAAAACGGCACCACAAAGCUCUUUACGACGAAUACAAAGCCAAAUUCGGAUGUCAACCAAAACAAACAAAUAUUUGUGAUGCAUUUGCCAGUGUGACACCUUACCAGAAAGGUUCUCAACGACAAAAAGAAAUAACAGACGCAAUAACUUUUCAUAUCGCUAAAGAUAUGUUGCCAUUAAAUACCGUCGCCAAAGAGGGAUUUAAGAAAAUGAUCCGAACGCUUGACAGGCGGUAUGUUAUACCAUCCCGCACAUAUUUUUCCCAAGUUGCGAUAAAAGAGCUGUAUGAAAAAUGCAAAUCUAAGAUUGAAGCAGAACUGUCGCACGUGGAAUACUAUGCAACUACAACAGACUUGUGGUCCAGCAGGACAACGGAGCCCUACAUGAGUCUGACGGUCCAUUUCAUCACAGAGGACUUCGAGCUAAAAAGUCGCUGUUUGCAGACGGCAUUUUUCCCGGAAAGUCAUACAGCCGAGAAUAUUGCAGAGGCCCUGAGAGAAGCAGAGGCCCUGAGAGAAGCGGUGUCCGCUUGGGGUUUAGAUGAGACACGUCAAGUCUGUAUAACAACAGAUAAUGCAGCGAACAUGGUCAAAGCUGCCGAUCUGAACAAGUGGACCAGGCUACAGUGCUUCGGCCACAGACUGCAUCUUGCAAUUGAAAAUGCAGUGAAAAAGGAUGGCCGCAUUGAUCGUGCUAUAGGAGUCUGCAAGAAGCUGGUGAGCCACUUCUCUCACAGCUGGAAGGCCAGCGACGCCCUAGCAAAAGUCCAGAAGGAACUCAGUCUACCAUCACAUUGUCUCAUCUCAGAAUGCCAAACAAGAUGGGGUUCCAGACAGAUGAUGAUCAGCAGGAUAUUAGAGCAGCAGCAGGCUUUAACUCAGGUCCUGUCUGCAGACAAGAAGCUGCGGCAUCUAAUUCCAACCUGGCAAGAUAUAGAUGUGCUGGAAUCUGUAAGCAAGUCACUGGGCCCAAUGCUGGAUUUCACUGAUGCACUUUCAGGGGAUGAAUACGUCAGUGUCUCCUUUGUAAAGCCAGUUCUUCAGCUCUUCAACACUUCACUACUGGAAAUGCGAGAAGAAGACACAGACCUGACCAAGAACAUAAAAAAGAAGAUGCUGGACUACCUCAAUGAGAAAUACGAAGAUGAUGAUACUCAGAAGCUGCUAGAUAUGGCAUCUUUUUGGACCCCGGUUCAAGAUGGACUUCAUCAGUGCAGACAAGAAGACCCAAGUUAA